CGCUUCCCUGGCAUAAUGAAACUACCAGCUGCUGUGUAGACAGCAAAACUCACAGCAGAAAUUCCAAGGGAAAAGUUUUGGGGAAGAGGGGAAGGAAAUCAGGCAGGAAAGGAGAAGAGACUUGGGAACUGAAGUGUCUUGGAGUCUCAACCCCCGUUUAGAGCUUCGUUACUGAAAGAAAUCAAAGGAACAAGAUCUUGGAAAGAGGUAAAGCAGGAAUCUUGAAACGUCCCUAUUCAAGAUCUUCCAUCCAGUCAGACAUGGAUGUUGGAUGUUACCUGAAACGGAUGGGAUUCCAAGGUGUCUCUACCUGCCCUUCUUUGGAGACCCUCAAGUACCUCCACCGUUCCCACCUCUUCUCAGUACCCUUUGAGAGCCUCAGCAUCCAUUGCAAAGAGCCCAUCAGCCUGGAAUUGCCUCGUCUGUAUGAGAAGAUUGUUCAAAACCACCGGGGUGGUUUUUGUUGUGAGCUGAAUGGACUUUUCCAGUGGUUGCUGCAAGUGUUGGGAUUCCACACCAAAAUUAUAGCUGCACGUGUUUGGAACCGCUUCACGCAGUGCUACGGUCCUCCGUUGGACCACUUGAUAAUUUUGGUAGACUUGGAUGGGCAGCAGUUUCUGUGUGAUGUUGGGUUUGGAGAAGGUUUCCUGGAACCAUUAGAGAUGAAGCCCGAGGUGGAACAAGUUCAAGAAGCAGGCAUAUUUUGGUUGAGUCUGGAAGGAGCUACCUGGGUCCUGGAACGUCGGGAAAUUUCUGGAGAGAGGGGGAGAUUCCUCUAUAAAUUCACCCUAGAGGAGAAGAAACUAGAAGACUUUUCUGACAUGUGUCUUUACCACCAGACUUCACCUUGUUCUAUCUUCACCUGCAAAUCCUUUUGUUCUUUGCACAAAGCCGGUGGUGGACGUCUGACCUACCUGGGCCAGCGCCUAAUUUUCACCAUGGGAAGGGAACGUACGGAAACCUUCUUGCAGAACUCUGAUAUCCCAACCGUUCUCUUUGAUAAAUUUGGGGUCAACCUGAAGAACUUUGAACCAAAGGAUGAAAAAAUCCUGCCACCUCCUCAACAAGAUUCAUUAGUGGGAGAAGCGAACAAUGAUCUCUUUUAGAUUGUAAUGAAAUAUAGAAUUGGGCAGGCUGAUCGAUUAAGGAUUUAUUGCCAC